UAUAUAGUCAUAGUAUAGUGCAGUUUAAAGUCUAACCUAAAUCAUCUGUUUUCUGUUUAGUAAAACCCGACCAAGCCAGUGAACAAAAUAAAAAAACAACAAAAACGAUUGGUGAUUCAGAAUUUCGAGUUCAGUUUGUCGACAAGACGACAGUUGGUCGCAUCGUUUUAUAAAUUUGUGGUUAAUUAAUUUUUAAAAUAAUUAAUUAAUUAAAUAAUUAAGUGAAUUGACUUUUUAAAAUUAAAUUUAUAAACUAGUAAUUUUUUUACUGUGAAAUUAUGAAGGAAUUAAUUAGUGAAGUGGGAAUUUAAUUAACAGCAAAAUGUUUUUGCAUUUUAUUUUUAUUGGGAAUUUUAAAUCCGAUCCAUUGUGACCCCGAUUAUUAUUGUUGUUGUUGUUGUUGUUGUUGUUGGGGUCACGAAAUUUGGAUUCAAAUUCCGGUGUUUCAAGAUCUGAAAAUUUUGUGAAACCAAAAUCCAAAUUCUACAUCAAAAAAACAUCCGACUGAUUAAAAAAUUUUGUACAACGAAGAAAAUAAUCCGAUCCAAUUAAAAAGUAGACUAGAAGUAUUUAAACAUAAAAAAAACAUGUUGGGGUUAAAAAAAUUGUACCGAGAAGAAUUAUUACAAUUAGCACUGAUACUGUCAAUAUUACGAGUCGACCCGGAAAGUUAUCUGGGCAUCGAUAUCCAAAACAUCGGAGUGGGCCUACUGGACCUCAACAAUGGCUCCGGAUGGCACACAGACUCGCAAACAAUCGCGAUACAUCGACCGACUUUCAUUCAUCCGAAAAAUCCGGAUUCGUCGAUGCUACUGAGCUACGAGAGGGAUUUAUUUGAAGAACUGAACUCGCUCGGUCGAUAUAACAAUCGAUUGGACACCAGGAACAAUGACAUACACGCGUACUUGCUGAAUAUCGAGGAUGCUAAGAAGAAUACGACGGAUCCAGGGCCUAGUAUCAACGAUAGCAGUGAUAGGAGUGAUAACGUCACGUCAGCUGAUCAACAUGUGCAGGCACAGACACCCAGUGAAUCAGCUGCAACAAGUGAACUUACUCAGGAGGAUAUGGAUCUAAUCGAGGUCUUGUGGAAGCAAGAUGUCGAUUUGGGAUUCACGAUGGCGGAUGUCGAGAGGGCGAAAACCGAGUCCUCGAGUUCGCAAGAAAAAAAAGUCGAGCUGGAUGAUAUUGAGAAGCUCAAAGUCGACACAGUCACCAAAAAAGAGAAAGAAGAAGUCGCCGAAACAGACGACAAUCCAUGGGCUGGGUUGUCUUACACAGUCGACGUAGAAACAGGUGAAUAUAUAUUAGAAAGUCCAAUUAGCGGAACUAGUGCCAGUGAAAGUACGUCGACUAGAUUGGAAGCUGGAGUCCAAGUCGGGGCAUUAAAUGACCCGGAAAUCGGACUUACUAGUGAGGAUUCAUUGGGACUGAGCAAUAAUUUUGGGCUAGAAGAUGACUUUCCGUCGGAACUGUUGAGCGAUAGUUUGCUCGCUGGCUCUGGUGUUGAGGGACUUCUUUGUAACGACUCGCUGGGACUUCCCGACGGGUUCAAUCUUGAAGAAGCUCUACAGCUUGUGGGGCUCAAUGAACAACCAGAGGAAAAAGAAUUAAAAAAACGUGACCGUGUAGGACCGAGAUUGCGCAAACAAGACGAGCCAUCUUCAUCAACAUCAACAUCAGUCUCAACUUUAAACUCAACCUUAACCUCAACAUCUUUAAUCGAAGACGAAAUUGACGACAUGAUUCACACACCCCAGUAUCAUUCCCACCCACAUUCGCACCAUCGUCACUAUCAGAGUCAAGUUGCAUAUGGCCGACGAAUGGGCGGGGACCAAAGAUGGACGACGGAUUUAUUCCUAUCAUUUCCUGGUGCGACGGAUUUUGGACAUCCAUCCCAUCCAGGGUAUCCAGGACACGGUUUAAAUUCAUCUCAUCAUUAUGACAUGCAGCGUAAUGUUGUUCUUAACAAUGCAACGUUACCUCUACCUGUCGGUGAUUAUAAUUCCACGGGGCCUUUUCAAAAUAUCGGACCAUCAAAUUUGGGGUCAGCAGUCGCGACCUCCAUGAACCUGACCAACAGCUCCGAGCCAAUUGGGACCGACACAACAAAUGGGUCCUACAAGACCGAGCCCCACGACAUGAACUACACCCACUACCCCCACAACCCUCUUCCCUCCGAGGGGACUCUCAACCAAACCGACGGUCUCUUCUCGAACCUCCUCGAUCCGGACUUACAGCUGAUGCAUCUAGUUGACGAUGACGGAAUGUACGGAAUGAGAAAUUGGGACAAUACUACGAGUAACAAUGGAACUGGAGCGACGAAUACCUCAAGCGUACAAAGCGGACUGUCGGUCCAAACGACUGGGACCGGUACAAAUAACGCGGGAGUUACAAAUUUGAAUUGCGCGAUAACUGACGAACGUCUUGAUGCAUCGAGUGACAGCGCGGUCAGUAGUAUGGGGAGUGAACGAGUCCCAUCUUUGUCUGACAAUGAGUAUAUGGAAACAGGAUCAAAUUCCAGCCAUACACAAGCCGAUUCUCAUUAUUCUAUGGACUAUGCCAGUAAAUAUCGUAUGCAAUAUGAAUGUAAUUACACAGUUAAUGGAAGAAAUGGGAAUACACGUUGUCAGGCUGAUAGAAUACCACCGGUAGCACAAAAGAAACAUCAAAUGUUCGGCAAAAGAUAUUUCCAAGAACAAGGAACAGGAUCACCAUUGGGGCAUAAUGGACACGCGACACCAAUUAAAUACGAGUACGAUCCUCAGAGCGUUGGAGCCGUGGGUCCAGGGCACUCUUAUAGUCCAAAUGAUGGUGCGGCUGCGCACGAAUUGAAGUAUAGUUGCAGCGUCGACUUCACAAGACAUCAAUUACACCACGUACCUGGAAGAACAGCUUUGGAACACAUCCAUCACAAUCACACGUAUCAUUUACCUCCAGACAGCUCGGGACCGAUGCGGCCGUUGACUCGCGAUAAAAAAAUGCGUAAAAGUGAGUCAGAAGAUCAACAUUUGACUCGAGAUGAGAAACGCGCGCGGGCAUUAAAUGUCCCAAUUGCGGUCCAUGACAUAAUUAAUUUACCGAUGGAUGAAUUUAAUGAGCGGCUCAGUAAAUAUGAUCUCAGUGAAGCUCAACUGUCAUUAAUCCGCGACAUAAGACGUCGGGGUAAAAAUAAAGUCGCGGCACAAAAUUGUCGGAAGAGAAAAUUGGACCAGAUUAUGAGUCUCGCAGAUCAAGUUAAAGAAAUGAGAGACCGGAAGCUGAGAUUGUUGAGCGACCGUGAAUACUUGCAGAGUGAGAUAGUGAGAUCUAAAGACAAAUUUGGACAAUUAUACCGACACGUAUUGCAGUCACUCCGCGACCCGGACGGUAAUCAGUACAACCCCCACGAAUAUUCACUCCAGCAAGCGGCGGAUGGGAACAUCAUCUUAGUACCCAGGAAUCAGACCAAUCAUCAUAACACCAAUCAUCAUAAUCACAGUAAUAGUAAUAAUAAUCAUAACAACAACCACAAUAACAACAAUCAUCCGUAUCACCCGCGUCAGUGCUCGUCAUCUUCGAUGGAUCAUAAAACAAAACCUGACCCCGAACGUAAAGAAUAAAUUAUAUUUUAUAAAUAAAAAUACAAAUUUAUGAUAAUUAAUUAAUUAAUUAAUUGAUUAAUUAAAAUAUUUCGAUCUCGAAAAAAAGUAAAUGGUGGCGGUUAAUUCGCGGUAUUUAUAAUUUGAAUAAAUAAAUUUAUAAAUUAAUCGACACCAAAAUAAUUAAUUAGUAAUGGAGUAAAUUAAUUAAUUAUUAAUUAAAAUUAAAAGAAAAAAUAAUAAACUACUUAAUGUACAGGUGUCUGUGAAUAAUUAAAUAAUUAAUUAGUGAUUAAUAAUUUUAAGUAAUUUUCUUUUAAAAAUUAAUUUUUUUUGGGAAAUUUUCUAAUUUUCUUUAAUGAUAAUUUUAAAAAAAUUGGAGUAUAGAUUUUUCUUUGGGAAAAGAGGAAAAUUCUUAGUUGAAGAAAAUUUUUAAGAAAAAUUUUAGAAAAUAUUGUGAAUUUUUUUAAAGGAAAAGUGGGAAAUUUUCCUAAAAUUAAAAAAAAUAUUGAAGUGAAUUUUCUUUCUGGGAAAGCAGGAAAUUCUUUGUGUUAAAGAAAAAUUAAAAUUUUCUUUUUUAAAAUAAUUUUCAAUAGAAAUUAAAGAAAAUUUCUAAAGAAAGUUUGGGAAAAUUGUUAUACGAAUUUUCUUUAAAGAAAAAAUUGGAAAAUAUUUCCACUAAAAAUUAAUUUUUCAAUGAAAAUUGUAAUAUGAAUUUUCUUUCUGGAAAAGCGGGCAAUUCUUUGUGUUAAAGAACAGUUAAAAUUUUCUUUUAAAAAAAUUUUAAAUAGAAUUUAAAGAAAAUUCGUAAUGAAAAAUUGGGAAAAUUGUAAGAUGAAUUUUCUUUAGAGAAAAAGUAAAAAAAAAUUCAAUGAAAAUUAAACACAAAAUUGUAAUAUGAAUUUUCUCAAAUGAAAAUUGGAAAAUUGUUGAAGGAAAAUUUUAUUGGAAAAUUUGAGAAAAAGUUGUAAUAUGAAUUUCCUCAAAGGAAAAUUGGAAAAUCAUUUCUGUCAAAGAAAAAUUUGAUUAGAAAAUUUUUAGGAAAAUUGUAAAAAGAAUUUUCCUUCAGGAAAAUAUGAAAAUUUCCUUUCGUGGAACAUUAAAAAAUUAUUCCUCAGAAAAUGGGAAAAUUAAUUUUCUUUCAGUUAAAAAAUUAUGCGUCUUAAAAGAAAACUAUUUUUCUUUUUUACUCAAACAAUCUAAGAAAAACAGAACAGAUUUUCCCAUUUCCUUUUGAAGAAAGUUGGAAAAUCUGCGGAAAAUUUCUUAAAUUGUAUUUUCCCGUAAAAAAUUUAUUUAAAAAAUCAAUCAAAAUUUUCAUUUCCACUCUGAAAAAAAUUUCCACUUUUCCAAUUUUCAUUAAAUAAAAAAAAAUUUUUAAAUUGAAUAAAAAAUCUAAGCCAGUACUAAAAAAUUUCUCAUAAAAAAAAAUAUAAAUAACUUUUAAUUUACAAUUACUGUAAGUCGGCAUUUAAAUUUUCUAAUUACUAAUAAUUAAUUACUUAUAUAAGUCAAUUUAUCCUCACAUACACACAGAAUAUAUACAUAUUUUUAUAUAUCAACAAGAAAAUACAUUUUUUUUUUGCUUUAAUUUAUUUUUUUUUCUUAAAUUAUUU